GUGAUGAAGACAUUUAUUCGGUCGCUUACAUCAGUCAAAAUUAAGACAAAAUCAACAUGGCCGGUGUUCAAGGCAGUAACGAAAGACGGCGGUCUUCUACGUCGAAUGUUAGGGACUCAAGAUAUCCCCCAAACAGCAAACCCCGUGGAAAGAAGCCGAUAGCUGAACCCAUUCAUUUGGGACAUUUUUUUAUGAUAGUUAUUAUGAAAAUAUGCCGGAAAGUUCUGCUAAUUGACACGUCUGUGAAGAUAGGGUUGUAUUUGAUGGGAGUUUUGAUCGGUUCCGUCAUCUGCGAUUUGUACGCCAUGCCCAGAAACUUCUUUUCUGACAAACACAAUUUUCUAAAUCAGUAUUUUGUAAAAUUAGGAUGGGGCUGGACCUUUUCUCUAAUGGCUGCUUUUAUGUUUAUGACAAGCUUUGUGUAUUGUUGCGGUGAUUUAAAUAAAGUACGCAGACAUUUAAUGCGACUUGGUGUUGGAACAUUUUGGUGGUACAGCUGUACGAAUAUGUUUGUUUUUGUGAAUAAUGCUGUUGGCGUCUGUACUUCAUCUUCAAUUAAAGACAGCAGAGAGUGCGAGAAGGCCGGGAAAUCUUGGAUGGGUUUCGAUAUUUCCGGACACGUAUUUCUACUCAUUCAUUGUCUGCUAAUCAUUUCAGAGGAGAUGAAAUGUUUUAAAGAUUGGACAAAAUUGAAAGACGUUUUAAACGACGAAACAAUAGCGGAGAAGAAAAGAUUAACAGCGAGUGAAGUGUCGCAGGCGAGAACAUCUCACAAACAACUGACACCGUUAAUACAGAUUAAUGUUAUAGCGAUAACCAUGUUAAGUCUGUUAUUUGAGUUUAUGCUGUUAAUCUCAAUAGUUUAUAGAUUCCACACGUUGUCUCAGAAAGUUUUCGCUGCGUUUAUCGCGGUUGGUUGUUGGUUUAUAAGUUACAGAAUGCUGUAUAGAACCAAAUUAGAUGUGUUACCAUGCCUACCUGGAGAAUGUGUUAUUAAUUAUUAUAAAUAUGAUCUCUAAACCCUGUUAUAUAUUAUUACCUGUUUUGCAUUUAUCUACACUUGGUGUAAAAUGCCCUCUACCACCUGUGAAAUGCCCUCUACAUGUACCUCUUGUGAAAUUCCCCUGGCCUUGUGUAAAAUGCCCUCUGCUUAGUGUAGAAUGCCCUCUGCUUGGUGUAAAAUGCCCUCUACCACCUGUGAAAUGCCCUCUACAUGUACCUCAUUGUGAAAUUCCCCUGGUCAUGUAUAAAAUGCCCUCUACCUCCUGUGAAAUGCCCUGUGCCUCGUGUGAAAUUCCUCUGGCCUUGUGUAAAAUGCCAUCUGCCUCCUGAUAUCUGAGAGCACACACACACACACACACGAUUGAACAUGUCAUCUUUGCAACACCAAAACUACAGUCUCUUCAUCAUAACUCGUUUCUCGUUGUCCAUAUCUGCAGACGCACCAAUACAUUCUCUGUGAAAUAAUAAAAUUAGUUCUUUCCAGCGUUUUUUGGUAGGUACGAUUUUAGAUUGUUUUUAAAAUUCAUUUCCGGAUUAAAAAUUCUUCAUUUUGUCGAGGACGAGUAUUACUGUUUUCCAAAUGCAUGUAUGCAGUAAUUUUAUCCCAAAGAUUGUAGUUUCUGUGAUUGAGAAAGUUUGAACGUACGAUCAACCCUGAUUGGUCCAUAGUCACAUCUGAUGAUAAUCAGCACAAUAAAAGCACCUGUCACAUACUUUGGUUUCGAUUCCCCGCUUGUACGUGACAAGGAGUAGGGUCACCUGUCCAACCUUGUGGGUUGUCACCUGGUCCUCCAGUUUCCUCGUACUCCUAAAGACCCCUACUCGAGUGGACGUUAAACCCCAUUUCUCUCUCUCUCUCUCUAAAGACCCCUACGUGCAAGCCAAUUAUUGAAAUGAAAUUGAACCAUAUGUUAGUCCCGAAAUGACUUAGUUUGUGUCGAAUGCACGUUAAACCACAUUUCUCUCUCUCCCGCUCUCCUGGAAACAAAAAUUGCAAUAUUUUUAGAAAUUAUCACUAUACAAUGCUGGAUUCACCAACAUUUUGGUCUCUCGAGUUUAAAUACGUGUAUGGGGCUAGCUGGUUAGGCUGAAGGAUAAAACAUUCACUGAGAGGGUUAGGGUUAGAGUUGGAGGAUAAAACAUUCACUGAGAGAAUUUAACAUCAAGUCGUUUAUUUCAAUUAAGAUAUUAGUGGUGAUCGUUGGCUUUAUUCACAAAGUCUUCCAUGUCGGAUUAAAUCUCUGGUUAGACAUGAUUAGAAUUUAAAGGGUAUAUACCUCUAUUCUUUUCAAGCGUAAAAUUAGGCAAAAAUGGGUCUAAAAGCACAUGAAUGUACAUGUAUAUAAAGUGAUUUAUGGAUUUUCUAAUCAGUUAUGUGAAAUACAUGAAAUAUCCAGAGUUGUUUACACCUGCCUAGUCCAUUCCAGCAUGUUUUUAUUAUUAUUUUGCCAUUCAUUAAAAAAGCAUUACCGGUACUAAUUGUACGAUAUGCUUUACUUGUUCAUUACAAAUGGCACCUGGGGGGUCACGAUGGCUAAGUGGGUAAGACGCUGGCUCGCUAGCCUGGAGGUCAGGUGUUCGAUCCCUGCAUUGGCCGAGAAAGUUCAUCCAGAUUUUCCGGCAUGGUUCCCCUAUGUCAGUGAUGCAGGAUGGAGGGCCUGACAAGGACAGCUGUCUAGUCAUUUGGAUGGGAUGAAAAACCGAUGUCCCGUGUACACAUUGGCAUGCACAUAAAAGAUCCCUUGACAGUUGGAAUAGUAGAUGUAGAUCAUACUGCCGCUGUCCAGGCAAAAUUUCCCUCAUAGCACACUGUAUGGCAUAUGUCCGUCUUCAUUAGCCCAGUUUGGAGCAGAACAGUAGGACAUUAGUCAAUCUAGGCUACACUGUAGGUUUGAUUGUCAGGUAUGAUAAUGAACAAUCUAUGCUAUACCUGUACCUUAGCUCGGAAUAAAGUAAUUGGAAUUAAAGUUUCAAUACAUUUAUAUUUCAUUAUCUACAUGUAUCUUUAAAUUAUUAUAGCAGGAACGACCAGUUCUUUACAUAAAUCUUACAUAAUGUACCUACAAGUGAGUGUAUUAUUGAAAUAAAAUUAACCAUAUGUUAGUCUUGAAAUGACCUAGUUUGUGUUAAGUGGACGUUAAAUCCCAGUCCUCUCUCUCUAUUAAAAUCUUACAUAAUGUAUCUUGAGGUAAUAUUAAUGAAUUAAUGUUUGAGACCAAAGACGAUGUAUUAAGUUUAGUCAUUAUAUCUUGUAAUAAAUUAUUACUGCUCUUGUUUUGUUAUAGACAUGUUAAGAAGUUUUAUUAUUUCUGUUGAUUUAUUAAAUUUAGUUUAAUUCUUAUUUAAUUUGAGGCUACGUGGCCGUUUUAUGUUGAUAUUAUUGACUGCCCCCAGACAUGCCUGGAAUUAAGCCAAUUGUUACAGAAAAUAGCAGGAUUAAAUCCAGGCUUUGUCAGGUACAACAUAUUUUUUGAGCAGGAACAAGCCUACAAGUUCUACUCAUCAUGUUGAUCUUGUGGGCGGGGAUACACGGUGGGUCAGUGAGUUGGACGCUGGCUCGAUCCCUGCAUUGUCUGCGAAAGUUUAUCAAGAUUUUCUGACGUGGUUCCCUCUUGUCAGUGGUGUAGUACAGAAGGCCUGGCAAGGGACAACGUAUAGUCGUUUGAAUGGGAAGCAAAACCGAGUUUUCACUUUGUAUAUUUUUAUAUUCCCCCCCUUUUAUGUCAACUUGUCUGCAGUCUGUUGUCUCUCCUACAGAUCAGAAUUCUUGCCAGAUCUUUUUCAGAUUUGCGGGGAUGCUUCAUGUGGUAUGCUUCAUGUGGUCGUUAGGAAAAUCAUUACUUCGAAGAGUUAUGUCCCCUUUUAUACGCCCACAUGGAAAUGUGGUCGUAUAUUACCAUUGCCCCCGUCCGUCGGUCUGUCCGUCCUCCACAAUUUUUUGUGAACACUCUACAGAUUACAUUUAUCAUCUGAUUGUUUUGAAAUUGAUAUAUGUUGUUUGCAUUAGUGAGAUGAAGAAGCCUAUUUAAUUUCUAUAACUUCCGUUAAUUUCUUCUGGAGUUAUGGCCCUUGUUUCACUUUGUUGCAUCUUGUGAACGCUCUAACGACAAAAGUUAUCAACCGAUCUGUAUAAAAUUUAUAUGCAUCAUUUAAAUUUGUAAAACAAAGAAUCAUAUUGAAUUUCAGCAAUUUUUGUUAAUUACAUCUAGAGUUAUGGCUCUUGUUUUACUUUGUUGAAUCUUGUGAAUGCUCUAAUGACAACAGUUAUCAUCCGAUUUGUUUGAAAUUUAUAUGCAUCUUUUAAAUUAGUGAAACGAAGAAGCCUAUUGAAUUUCAGCAAUUUCGGUUAAUUACGCUGUGAGUUAUGGCCCUUGUUUCACUUUGUUGUACCUUGUGAAUACUCUGACGACAAAAGUUAUUAUCCGAUCUGUAUGAAAUUUAUAUGUAUCGUUUAAAUUAGUAAAAUGAACAUGCCUAUUGAGUUUCAGCAAAUUUCUGUAAAUUACAUCUAGAGUUAUGGCCCUUGUUUCACUUUGUUGAAUCUUUUGAACGCUCGAAUGACAAAAGUUAUCACCCAAUCUGUAUGAAAUUCAUAUCCAUCAUUUAAAUUAGUGAUAUGAAGAAGCCUAUAGAAUGUCAGCAAUUUCCGUUAAUUACUUCUAGAGUUAUGGCCCUUGUUUUACUUUGUUGAACGUUGUGAACGUUCCAACGACAAAAGUUAUCAUCCGAUCUGUAUGAAAUUUAUAUGCAUUAUUUGAAUUAGUAAAACAAAAAAGCCUGUCGAAUUUCAACAAUUUCUGUAGAUUACUUCCAGUGUUAUGGCCCUUGUUUUAGUUUUUAAGUCCUUGUGAACCCUCAAACAACGAAAAUUAUAAUGUCAUCUGUAUGAAAUUGUCUAUUAAAUGCCUCCGACAACCCUUGUCGACCGCUAGGACGAUUUAGCUGCUGUGGGCAUAUGUGUUGUUGCCUGGCAACCUAUUUUUAUGUUUUAAAUUAAUAUAUCUUGUGAAAAUGAUAGAAUGUUUUAAAAUUGUUGUGAGGAAUGUUAUUUCCAUGCUUAAUGGCAAACCACCUACUGUAUUGUGAACAAGUGUGAUCUUGAUGAGGUAUUUGAGUGAUAUGAUAGAGAUUUUAAAUGUAGAUGUUUCUAUUCCCUUUAUGGUGUGUGGUAGGAUUUAUAUUUUAAACAAUUCCAAUAUGAACAGAUCCCAGCUUAGAAAUAAAGCACCUGUCACAAAUUUUGUCAGGCACAAAUUUUAGAUUUUGUCCAAUGAAGAAUUUUCUGUAUUUUUGUUAUUGCUGAUAAGUGUGUGACAUAAGAUUUCAUGUCCGGUAGGGCCUAGUAAGGCCUACUAGAUCAUCAGUAGGGCCUACUAGAUCAUCAGUAGGGCCUGACCUUUUGUAGAUUAAAACCAGAAACUGUAUUUCCAGGAAUGGAUCAAUUAUUUUUAUAAGAUAGAAUAUCUUAUUUUGAAUUUUGAGUGCAUUUGAUAUUUUCUUUGCAUCCCUUGUUUUUUUUGUGAUUUAAUAAAACGAAUCUAUAAAAAUUAAA